CUGAAUCUAUAAUGUUGUCGUUGUGCAUGUAAAACGUCUAUCUUCAAAUUAUUGUAGAUCUAUUCCUUAUUUCAGGAAGUUGUUGGACUACUGAUUACCGAUGCAGUCAUGAGUUGGGGAACCGAACUUUGGGACCAGUAUGAUAACCUAGAGAAACAUACCCAAAAAGGCAUCGACUUCUGCGAAAAGGUCACCCAUUUCUACAAAGAGAGAUGUGCCAUUGAGAAUGAAUAUGCAUCUAAGCUCAAAAAACUGGUGAAAAAUUAUCAGCCGAAGAAGAAAGAAGAGGAUGACUAUGUUUUCACAUGUACCAAGGGGUUUUUAGACAUGCUGAAGGAGCUGCACGACAGCGCGGGCCAACAUGAGGUCAUCGCAGAGAAUAUACAGUCCAACAUAAUAAAGGACCUCAGUAAUUUAAUUCAGGAGCUGAAACAAGAGAGGAAGAAGCAUUUACAAGACUGUGUGAGACUUCAACAGCAGAUGAGGAAUUCUGUUGAAUUGUUAGAUAGAAGUAAGCGGAAAUAUGAAAAGGCAUUUGGAGAUGCAGAACGAGCAAAGGAUGCUUAUAAAAGAGCAGACGAUGAUAUUAAUUUAUCUAGAGCAGAGGUAGAAAAGCAUAAGAAUAUAUCUUUGAACAAGACUCAACAUUGUGACGAGUGUAAGAAUGAGUAUGCUGCCCAGCUGAUGCAGACUAACAACACACAGAAAGAGCACUACACAGUCUCCAUGCCACAAGCUUUCCAGCAAUUACAAGACAUGGAUGAGAGGAGGAUAGUGCGUAUAGGGGAGUUUAUAAAAGCCACGGCUGAAAUAGAGCGCAAUGUAGUCCCAAUAAUUAACACCUGUAUUGAUGGAGUAUUAAAAGCUGGGGAGGCCGUCGACCCUGCGCAGGAUUCUAAAAUUGUUAUAGAUAAGUAUAAAUCGGGCUUCCAAAUCCCCACCGACAUUCCGUUUGAAGACCUCCGCUCUGGGGGAAGCUCACAAGACCUUCAUCGCGAGAACUCUACGCCCAGCCGGCAGUUUAAUCACUCAAGCGCGGGCAAGGGAACAACGACCAACAAAUCAAAGAAGCGAACAGGAAUUUUUGGUCUGUUCAGCGUGUCAAAGGUGGAUGAACAGAAGGAAGAUUUCAGCGACUUACCUCCCAACCAGCGGAAGAAACGGUUAUUAGGAAAGAUAGAGAGUAUAAACAGAGAUAUUACACGGGAAACUGCAGAAAGGGAAGGAUUGCUGAAGAUGAAGCAGGUGUACAAUGAUAAUAAUGCUCUGGGUGAUCCAGCCAGCUUGGACAAGAAGAUUGAGGAAAAUGCAGUAAAGUUGGACAGUUUACAACAAGAAAUGAGGAAGUUUGAGGCAUACCUGGCAGAUGCGGAAGGACGUGGGGACGCUCAGAAGAGGCACAGUUUUUCGGACGACUCGAUGUCACACAGCACGUCGGACGGCAGCGUGAAAGGCCGCUCUUCAGCACCUGGAACACCCAACACACAGUCUCACUACGAACACAUAAAGGAAGGCGGAGACGCUGUGGACAAAGGCUCCUCCCACCCAGAGAUACAGUAUGUCGACCAUGACUCGUUUGAAGAAGUUGAUGACCAGUUCCCUGUCAUUGGCACAGCGCGGGCUUUGUAUUCAUUUGAACCUACGACAGACUCCUCGGUCCACAUAGAUGAGUUUGAAGAUGUCCUUGUGAUAGAAACAGACCAGGGUGAUGGCUGGACACGUGUUCGGAAAGCAAAUGAUGAUGAGGGAUUCGUACCUACGUCUUACAUAGAAAUACAUCUGUACGAUCAAGAUCAGGUGUGAGAGAAACACUCAGCAUUCUGAUACCCACCCCAUCGCACCCUCGCUUCAGCACAAGACUGCUGUCAGUAUAUCAGGACGUCUCUACAGAUGUGCAAGAGCGAAUGCGAGGCUCCACAGGGCAGGGUAUGAUAAGGGCCAGUCUUGAGGAUGAUCUUCGGUGUGCCUAUUCCCUAGGGCUCUGUGUUUUACGAGACAAUGCUAUGUCUAUUCAACAUAAGGAAAAGUGACACUUGGAAAUUGUCUCUUUCCUUAAAAAUUUUUAAUCCGUUCUGAGUGUGAAAUAUUUGAAUUUGUGUGAGAGAGAUUUCAGUGCCACUGAAUGUGGUUACUCCCCAAAUACUGUAGUUAACAGUGAGUAGUGUCGUCUGUCUGCUUCUGAGUACAUGUAUUGCCAUCAUUUAUACUGCAAAAUUUCCCCCGUGUACAUGUACAUUUUUUCCACGAUGAUAAUUUAUUUUAAAUCGUAUGAUUACUGAAGACAUUGCUGACGGAAUGUAUCCUGUUUUGUAUUGGUUUGGGAGAAAGUUGAUGA